CCCAUUACCCAUAGAGCUCACAACACACUCCAACGCAGCAACAACAACAAGGCAAGGCACAAAUGCAGCAGCAUCCCUAGCCAGCCCAAGCCCAUGGUGUAGUGCUGCUCUCUGCUGCCCCGCUCUGACUCCAAAUGCGCUGCCAUUGUCGUCCGCUAUAACCAUCCAAAUCAUUUUAUACAUUUUGUUAGUUAUAUAGUCAAAGUCAUCAAAUCAACACAACACACAACAAUUGCCAUUGCCUGGGCUAUUAAAAAUAUAAAAAUACAAAAAAAUUCAAAUAAUAAAAAAUAGCAAAGAGAAAUCAUAAUUUCUUGCAACGCGUACAAUUGCUCGCUCACUCACUCACUUAGCCGCUCGUUCGCUCGCUCACUCGCUCGCUCUGAUGCAAUGUGUAGAAGUGUGUAUCAAAAAAUAAUGAUCAUAAUAAUAAAAAUAAAACAAACAACAACACCAAAAUAAGCAUACAAAAAAAGUGAAAUUAAUUGAAAAUUAAGCAAAGAAACACCAAAGUCAAGUAGAGAAAAAAUUCGCAAACCAAACAAGUGUUAAAACUGUUGACAGGCAUUAGAAACCCAUAAAAAUCAUAAAAUUCCCCUCCCAUACAAAAACCUAAAGCGGCGGUAUUUUCUAAGAUUUUAGGAAAAAGUGAUAGUUUUUACAUACCACAAAAAUCAAAACAAAAAAUAAUAAAAUUUUUUUUUAUUGCUUUUCAAACAUAUUUUACGACCUUUUAAAUAUACGCGCCGUAUAUGUGUGUGUGUGUGUGUGACAGUAACAACAAACAAACACCCACAAUUAAAACGCAGCCACCAACGAAGACACCGUUAACUGAAACAACAACAAACAUUCUGGUGCAUUAACCAACCUCACCAUUCUACAUCCUUAGCAGCCCAAAGAAUAGUUAAAAAUCAAUAAAACAAAAAAUAAAACCAACCAGCGGAAAAGUGUCAAAUUUGUUAAACAUAAAAAAAUCGAAAAAAAACACAAAAAAGCCGACGCUAAAUUGAAUAAUCAAGAAAAAAAGAAUGCUUUCUGAAAACUAAACAGCGACGGCAUUUUUUAUGAGAUUUCUAUAGAAAAUAUUUUUGCGAAAAAACUCUGCUGCACCUGUGUUGUUUUUUUUUUUUUUUUGUUACCUGUGCUAAAGAAAUCUUUUCUAAAGUGAGUUUUGCCUUCAACGGAAAAAAUUUAACAAAUUUUGUUGUGUUUGUUUUAUGUUGUCUACACCUCAUUUGAGCAACACCAUCUAACACCCACAAGCCGCAAGAAUUCCAUAGCCAAUAAAACUAUGUGCAAUGUCAAAAUUUGUUUUCGAUAGUAUGCUACCAAAGUAUCCACAGUUUCAACCAUUUAUAAGUUCACAUUUAACUACAACAUCACAAAAUUCAUCAUCAGCAGCUGUUGCCGCCGCCCUAGCCGUUGCCGCUGCCACCUCAUCGACGUCCACGUCCUCCAACGCCAAUCAGCACAACAACGGCCUGAACAACAACAGCAAUUCCAAUAAUCUCUUGGCUCAUUCAAAUAACGUAUCGUCAUCGUCACUACUCUCGCCCAAUACAUCCGCCGGCCAUCUGUCCAGCAGUCAUUUGAAUCAAUCGUCCAACUCGCCAGUCUCCUCAUCAUCGCCCAGUUCUUCCACGGCCUUUGGUAGUGGUCUUGGUCAGCAUACAUCGUCGCCACAUCAUCAGGCAUCUCAUUUUGCUGGGGGCCAACAUCAUCAGUAUUCGUUGACGGCAGCAUUGCAAUUGCAACAGCAACAUCAACAACUACACAUUAAUAAAUUAGCCGCCGCUGUUGCCGCCUCCACACAACAACAACAGCAGCAGCAGCAACAACAGCAAAGCAACGGUAGCAGUUCCUCGUCAUUGCACCACCAACAACAGCAACUCAGUCAACAGCAACAACAACAGCAAUUGUUGUUAACACCUCCAUCGGUGCAUAAUUCGCAUACGGGCGACAGCAGUUGUUCACCGUCGCCAUCGGCCUCAUCGUCACUGCAUCGCAGUUUGAACGACUCAUCGCCUUCGUCAUCAGCUCAGGUCGUUAGUGCCGCAAGUUCAGUGGCCGCUGCAGCAGCUGCCGCCGCCGCUGCUGCUUCAUCGUCGUUUGCCAUACCCACAAGCAAAAUGUAUCCGUACGUCUCCAAUCAUCCCAGUUCACAUGGCGGCCUAUCGGGCAUGCCGGGCUUCACAGGUCUCGAGGAUAAGACAUGCAGCAGGUACUCGGACAGUGUCAUGAACAGCUAUCAAUCGAUGAGCGUACCUGCCUCCGCCUCAGCCAGUUUUGCACAAUUCUAUCAGCAUGCAGCCGCCGCGUCAGCUGUAUCGGCAGCCUCAGCUGGGGCCAUAGGCGUCGAUUCACUGGGCAAUGCCUGUACACAGCCCUCAUCGGGCGUGGUGCCCACCGGCGGAGCCGGUCAGAGCAUUGCCGAUUUGCCGCGAUAUCCCUGGAUGACAUUAACAGAUUGGAUGGGAAGUCCUUUCGAACGUGUCGUAUGUGGAGAUUUUAAUGGUCCAAAUGGUUGCCCUCGUCGUCGCGGUCGUCAAACUUAUACACGUUUCCAGACACUCGAAUUGGAGAAAGAAUUCCAUUUCAAUCAUUACCUAACACGACGACGAAGAAUCGAAAUCGCCCAUGCGCUGUGCUUGACAGAGCGACAGAUAAAAAUCUGGUUCCAGAAUCGUCGCAUGAAACUUAAAAAAGAGUUGCGGGCUGUCAAAGAGAUCAAUGAGCAGGCACGCCGCGAUCGUGAGGAACAAGAAAAAAUGAAAGCCCAAGAAGCCAUGAAAUCCGCCCAACAAAACAACAACAAAGUCCAACAGCAACAGCCCCAACAGCAGCAACACCAUCAGCAGCAGCAACAACAACACCAACAGCAUCAGGAUCAUCAUUCGAUCAUAGCCCACAAUCCCGGCCAUUUGCAUCAUUCCGUUGUGGGGCAAAAUGAUCUCAAACUUGGCCUAGGCAUGGGUGUUGGUGUAGGCGGUGGUUUGGGUGGUAAUUUGGGCAUGAUGAGUGCGUUAGAUAAGUCAAAUCAUGAUCUGCUGAAAGCUGUCAGUAAAGUUAACUCAUAAAUCAUCUAAUUAUUUUAUAACUCGCCCUAACCAAUCCCCUCCCUCCCCCCCCUCUCCUCAACACAGUAAACAGACAUACAUUUAAUUCACCACCCCUCAAGCAGAAAAUCUCCUCAACAGAGAUCAGAAUCUAAAAAAGAAAACAAAGUCAACAAAACAACAACAAAAAAGAAUAAAUCUCCCUGCUCCUCCCAAAACCCCCUAACCUACUUAAGUAUGUAAGAAGUUUCUAAUGAUAUAUACAUAUAAAUAUAACUAUAUUAUAAUAAUUAUAAAUAU